UUCCUCAAACUUCAUACAGCUGCUGUGUCACACCGUCCAGCCUGCACGAGCCCGCACCGCACGCGCUCACCCAACACCAGCACCACCUCUCAGGACUCAACCCGAGCUUCGGCACCGCGUGCGCGUGUGAGAGUGUGUGUGAGAGUGUGUGUGUCGGUGGUCUAAUGGCAGGUUUGAGGAGCGGAUCAGGAGCCACCGGGACCCGGCAGAGAGGACACCCCGCAGCCGCCGUCACGCUCCUCGCGCUGCUGCUCACCUGCGGCGUCAGGUGUGCUGCGGAAAGCGCCAAACUGAGCAACAUUAUCCUGAUUCUCGCCGAUGACCAGGAUGUUCACCUGGGGGGGAUGACCCCCAUGAAGAAAACUAAAGCCUUAAUCGGAGACGCAGGAGCAACUUUUGUGAAUGCUUUCACGGUCACGCCGCUGUGCUGCCCGAGCCGCAGCAGCAUCCUGACGGGUCAGUACCCCCACAACCACGAGGUGAGGAACAACUCGCUGUCGGGGAACUGCUCCAGCCCUCUGUGGCAGAAAGGGCCCGAGUCCACGGCCUUCCCGCUCUACCUCAACAAAAACAAAUACCAGACGUUCUUCGCUGGGAAAUAUCUCAACCAGUACGGCAAGAAAGAAGCAGGAGACAUCGGCCAUGUCCCUCCGGGCUGGGACCAGUGGCACGCACUGGUUGGGAACUCGCAGUACUACAACUACUCGCUCUCAGUCAACGGCAAAGAAGAAAAACACGGAGACAGUUAUGAGAAGGACUACCUCACAGACCUCAUAACGAAUCGGUCCCUCCACUUCCUGGACGACAGGAGUCCCCAGCAUCCCUUCUUCAUGAUGCUGUCUCCGCCAGCGCCUCACUCCCCCUGGACGGCGGCGCCGCAGUACCAGAAGGAGUUCAGUGACGUUAAAGCCCCUCGAGACGGGAGCUUCAACAAACCCGGGAAGGACAAACACUGGCUGCUGCGUCAACCUGUUAACCCCAUGCCAAACAGCUCCCUGGCCUUCCUGGACAGUGCAUACAGGAAAAGGUGGCAGACCCUUUUAUCAGUGGACGACAUGGUGGCGCUGCUGGUUAAAAAACUUGAGUCAAUAAAGGAACUGAACAACACUUACAUCUUCUACACAUCUGAUAACGGCUACCACACAGGUCAGUUCUCUCUGCCCAUUGAUAAGAGGCAGCUGUACGAAUUUGACAUCAGGGUCCCGCUCAUGGUCCGAGGUCCCGGCAUCAAACCAAACCAGACACUGCAGGCUCCAGUGCUGAAUAUUGACCUGGCUCCCACCAUCAUGGACAUAUCUGGUGUCAACCUGUCGACCGUGAACGUGGACGGGCAGUCUUUCCUCUCUCAGAUGGCCCCAUCACUGCGUAACGGCACUACGCGUCCCUUUUUCCUCGUCGAAUACACCGGAGAGGGACACCCAACGACAGAUCCUGCUUGUCCCAAACUGGGUCCGGGACUGUCUCAAUGUUUCCCAGACUGCGUGUGCGAAGACGCCUACAACAACACCUACGCCUGCGUCAGGACCCUCGACAAAGAGCAGAACCUACAAUACUGCGAGUUUGCAGACAGCGAGUCGUUUGUGGAAGUGUACAACCUGACGUCAGACCCCCACCAGCUGGAGAACAUCGUGAAGAAGGUGGACCCGGCCAUCCUGCAGGCCAUGAACCAGCGGCUCAUAAAGCUGCAGUCGUGUCAGGGCGACAGCUGCAGGAACGUCAAGUGAAGAAGCUGCCAAACACAGACUGCUUCACACGUGUGAGGCCUUUUUUCUUAAGUUUCCGUUUUGACUUUUCUCGGGAGGAACAGCACGGGUGUAAAUAAUGAUAAUAACGUGGCGGGAUUCUGUUUAGCUGCUUCAGUUUCAGGGUCCUGGUGUUGUGCAUGCUGGCUCACUGUCACACUGUCAUGGUUUACUGGGACACUUGAACAGAGCAAAGCCACUGUUAAAGGACGUGUUUGACAUUUUGGGAAAUAUACUUACUAGUUUUGUUGCGGAGAGUCAAGGUGGGUUUAUAGUUGUGCGUCGGCGCUACGCAAAGUCUUCGCAUGUGGCCUGCGCUGUUUUUAAGCUUUUAUACUUGUGCGAUGGGGUGUCGGUGUCACAGUAAACACUAGUUGGCGGUGGGGUUUCUAUAAAGUAAAGUUUGAUUGAUAAUCGCUAACAGAGUUUUCCUCUACUCGUUUGAAGCGAGGAACAACAGCUACAUUUAAUAAAAACUAACUUUACUUAAUUUGGCUCCAUUACAACUCACAAAGUUCACUGACAGAACAAUAUCCUUAUUUUAAACACAUUUUCCCCACAAAUACAACAUGCUAAUGUUAUUAGCCCAACCCUAUGGCAUUUUACAUUGUAUAAAUUAGCCUAGUGGCUAGUGGAGUUUUUCUCUACUUGUAUGAUGCCAGAAACAACAACAACAUUUAAUAAAGGGAACGUUAGAAAAAUUGGCUCAAUUACAACUCACAAAGUUCACUGACAAAACAAUUGUCUUAUUUUAAACACAUUUUUUCCCCACAAAUGCAGCAUGCUAACAUUGUUAGCACAAGCCUACAGCAUUUUACAUCGCAGCUACUCGCUGUUACAUUUCUGGAGAUGUGCACGCCGGGCUAUGUCGUAGAUUCAGCAUCGAUUUGACGCAGAAGUAUAAAUCUCACUUAAGAUAAGAAAAUUGACUCCUCUCAUUCAUGGACGGUAAACAUAGCUACAGCCGGCAACUGGCUAACUUAGCUUAGCAUGAAGACUGGAAACAGAGGGAAACAGCUAGCCUAGCCUGUACUUUUGCACAUUUUGCACAGACCCUCCACCAGAAAGCCAAUAAGCAUAUUUCCCCAAACUUCUCCUGAUAUGUUCUUGACACCUGUGCUUUUCCGACAACGACGAGUCAAAAUAUCUGCUGUGAAAAUUUAAUGUUUUUCUGAGCUGUGCUCGUUAUAUCUUAUAAUUACAAAACUUUAGUAUAUUUCUUAACGAUAACUUCCUCGCUCAGUCCAUAUAGAGUGCUGCAGGAAUGAGUCCUAAAACCAAGCAAACUCUUAAAGAAGGAAGGGUCAGUGACUGUAUUUGAAUUUUGCAUUGGAGCCACACUUUGGUGCCAUAGAAGUCAAUGGUUUGGGCAGAGCAGAUCACACUGACAGACAGAGCCAUGAUGUUUGGAGACCAAUAAGAAGGACGACGAACAUGCGUAUUUAGAUGGAAAUUGUCAGUCAGCGUCACAUAAUGUGUGUUUUUUAAUUUUGUGGAAACAUUUUUUAGUCAAAGGUGAAACUACGAAGAUAUGAUGGGCUUUUGUGCGAUUUGCUGUUUUCGCCCCAUUGACUUCUUUAGAAGUGGCAUCAAAGUUUGGCUCCAUUGCAAGACUCAAACACCGUCACUGACAUCACGACCCUUUGUUUUAUAGUUUCUUUGCCUAAAACCCGGAAAGUAGUUUGUGCACUCCUGGUCCCCUUUAAGUCAAUGGGUUUUUGGUUAGAUGCCUGAAAUCUGAACAAAUUGGCUUAAUUUCUUUCAAAAACAUGGAAAAUGUU